AUGACGAUGCAAUCAGCAGCGAUUCUUGAGAAAGAAGUUCACGAUCUACGAUCGGAAAACGAGAAAAAGAAGCAGAAAAAAACUCGAUCUCGAAAGCAGAUACCUGCUACAGAUGGCUUAUCAGUUCAGGAAGCUACUGCUUUAAUUGUGCAGCCAGAGGAAGUGAUUGAACCUCCCCGCCCCCAGGUCCGCGCGCACAGGGAAGCACCUUUUUUACCAAGAACAAGGGCAUUACCGAAAUGCGGUGCAUGUGGAAAUCAGGGACAUAGAAGAGAUGCAUGUCCAGAUAGACCUAGAAUUUAG